AUGCUCAAAGCAGGUCCACAAGGUUUGACUCCGGAUGGUGAAAAAAAGAAAGCUCGGGUUUAUACAGAUGGAUUCUUUGAUUUUGUACAUUUUUCAAAUGCAAAACUAUUAUGGCCAGCUAAACAGUAUGGGAAGAAAUUGAUAGUUGGAAUCCAUUCAGAUGAUGAGGCGUUUGAAGAUGCUCCGUUUCAACCUGAAAUUUCCACGCUCAAUCAAUUGGAUUGUGAUAUUAUUGCUAUUCCAGGCGAGUGUGCACAGGUCAUAAACCUAAGAAAAUCCAGAUACAUAAGCCAUCCGACAACUGUGGAAACUGCAAAAUACGAAGAGAUUCGGGGCAGCGACCGGGCAAAACAAUAUGUUAUUUCGGAACAUGUAACCGAUCAGGAGGUUGCUGGACGACUAAUGCUUGUAACCAAAAGUCAUCAUAUGGAAACCGACUCGAUUUUAGAGUUCAAAAGCGCAAUGUUGCCCUUUGCUCUGGAUCCCGUGAGUAACGAGCCUGUCAUAUCGGUGUCCCUUUUCAAACAAAACUAUACAUUUGCUCCGAUCGUCAUAGGAAAAAAGCCCAAAGCGACAGACAAGGUGAUCUAUGUUAGUGGAGCAUUUGAUCUCUUCCAUGCAGGACAUUUAUCGUUUUUGGAAGCGGCAAAAGAGUUGGGAGAUCACUUGAUUGUUGGAAUUGUUGGAGAUGAUGAUGUGAACGAAGAAAAAGGCACAAUUUUUCCAGUAAUGAACUUAUUGGAACGAACACUCAGUGUGGCGUCAUUAAAAAUAGUGAACGAAGUAUUUGUUGGGGUCCCUCCUAUUACCACAACUCGAUUUGUGAAUCUUAUUAAGCCAACGAAAAUUGCCAUUUACCCUGAAACACAUCCACGCCGUUUCGCAGGCUGCACUCAACUUGGCAUCAUCAAGGAGGUUGCUCCAGACUACGACGCUACUUGUGAAGAGAUUUUGGAGAGGAUAACUUCUAGAAAAAUCGCAUCAUCAGAAGACGACGAGAUUGCGUUGUUCAGUGGAAUCCCUUUGAAUAACAAUCAGCAUUAA